AUGGAAGGAUUUGACCCUCUUGCACCGGUUUCCAAGCGAGCUCCACUGGAAACCCGCAUCCGCCGCCUGUGGGCCAGCUUUCGUGGUAAUGGUCCCAUGCCAGAUCUCGGCUUUGCACUUUGGGAGCGUCGGUUCUGGAUCCUCGCUGCCGCUGUUGGAAACGGGUCCACGGCUGAAGAAGCGGAACCCAACUGUGACAAGGAUCUCAUCAAGACCAAGAGAACCAGGUUUCGAGUCUUGAUGGGUGGACGGAGCUCUCGGGCAGAUCGCCCCCGGAACAUGUUCCAGCUGCAGUACUUGAAGUGGAGUUUGGAGUCUGCGUCGUCCUCUCAACGCUCGCUUAUCUGUCUAGAGAUGAACAUCGAGCCAUCCGUUCCUUGGUAUCCAGUGGGGAAUUUGCCGUUUGUUCCCGAGACAACCGACUGCCUCGCAGAGGUUCCUAAGCUGGUGGAUCGAUAG